AUGUCUUUAUCGGCAAACGAGCCUCUAACAGACCUCCCAUCCGGCCGGAUAGAAGUGGGAACUUCAAGACAAACCAAAGCCGAUUUACGCCUGGCGGCCAAGCAUCAGUUAGAAGAAUCUGAGAAAGCAAAUGCGAUAAGGACAAGAAAUGAGGAGGCCAAGAUACAUCAACAAAGUGACGAUGAAAGCGAUAUCACUUAUCCCGAAGGUGGUUGCAUUGCUUGGGCAGUUGUAGCGGGAAGCUGGUUGGCAUUGUUCGGCUCAAUGUCCUUUAUGAACAGCGUCGGCACAUUCCAGGCAUAUCUGACGCAUAACCAACUCAAAGGUCUAAGCUCUACGGCCAUUGGAUGGAUCUUUGGUGUUUACACUGGCCUGACAUUCCUACUCGGAGUCCAAGUAGGGCCGAUAUUCGAUGCGACAGGCCCGCGCCAACUCAUUGGAGUUGGGGGCUUUACCACAGUGCUCUACCUGGUUCUAUUGGGCCAAUGUAGUGAAUACUGGCAUUUUAUGCUGGUUUUUGGUGUUUUGGGAGGCUUCAGUCUCUCCCUCGUCUUUAGCCCGGCCAUGUCGAUUGUCGCCCACUACUUUCACAAACGACGUGGUCUCGCCACUGGAAUUGCUUCAUCUGGGGGCGCUGCCGGAGGGAUCGUUUUCCCCCUGAUGCUGCAAAAACUCUUCUCGACCAUUGGAUUUGUUUGGGCCGUGCGGGUGGCCGCCCUUGUCUGCGCCAUCACGUUUACCUCCGCCGUUCUCCUCAUCCGUCCUCGAUUCCCCCAAAAGCCGUUGAUGUUGUCUUCUGUUCGUCCGAAAUUUUCUGUCUUCCGUCAUGGCGCGCUGACAUUUACCAGUCUGAGUGUGUUUUUUCUAGAAUGGGGACUCUUUAUUCCCUUUUCGUACCUCACCUCCUACGCUCUGGACCAUCAACAAUCUUCAAAUUUCUCAUACAUGCUGAUGGCUCUCAUAAAUGCGGGUGGCAUAUUUGGCCGUUGGAUCCCGGGGUUUUUCGCAGACAGGUUUGGGAGAUUCAACAUCUUGAUUCUUGCCAUCCUUGGGUGCGGCGUAUGUAACGCCUGUUUCUGGCUGCCAGCAGAGUCAAGCCAGUCUUUGAUGAUUAUAUUCGCCCUGGCGUUCGGUUUUUUCAGUGGUAGCACUGUAAGUCUGGCACCUGUGUGCGUGGGGCAGUUAUGCAAAAUCGAAGCCUAUGGACGUUACUAUGCGACGGCCUAUGUCGUGGUUAGUGCGAGCACCUUCACCGCUACCCCAAUAGGAGGCGAGCUUCUCCAAAGAGCUAGUGUGGCUAAAAGGAUUGCCUGCGGGAAGAGAAGCAUAUGGACUAUUUUCUGA